AUGAAGCUAUACUCUUACCCUUUCUUCCAGCUCCAACUCUAUUGCACGGCCUACAAUGGACCUGUCGGCAACGACAUGGUCCUCGCCGCUGUCCUAACUCUGAGAUAUAACGGGCUCAUUUGGCUGAUCAGUCUCUACUGGCUCCAGACCACGAUCCUUAAGCAAUGCAGUGCCGAGGAAACACAAGCCAAUAAGCGGAAGUUGUAA